AUGUGGGUGAUUCCAGCCAUAGCUUACACGUUGAUUCUACUACUAUCGUUGUUUGGUAUUCAAUACCACAUCAACAUUUUCAAGUACCCACUUUAUCUAACCGUCCCGUUGACCUUGGGAGUCUACAUUCCGCUCUCAAUUAUUUUUACCUUGCCGACGGAUUACAUCCUCCACAAUGCACAGUCGUCGGAACAGCUCUCGUGGAUCAGCAUACCCGACAAGUACAUUCUCUACAUUUGGAAGUCCAACUACUGGACUACAUUCAUUCUCACUUGGUUGAUCUUGCCCAUGCUUUUGGAAUUCUACCGGUCUGGCCACAGAGACACCCGGAAGAAGCUAGUUGAUGCCGUGAAGGAGAACUUGAAGUUCCAGUUGAUCAUGCUUGGGGUGGCGCUCGUGGCGUUGGUGUACUUGAUCACCGAAGUUGGCUUGAAUUUCAAUCAUUUAAAGUUGAUGAUUAUAGCAAUUGCCCACAUUUACUCGCUCAUCUUGGCCACCUGGUUGAUGGGACACGGGUUGACAAGCAUCCCGCGAGAUAAGUGGAUGCAGGGCUCGGUGAUGCAGUAUUUAAACCACCAGUAUAUGAAGAUUCCAAAGUUGGUGGACGAAUUGGAAGAUGCAAAGAUUUCUUUCAGGGAGGACGUGCUCAAGGUUUUAGUUUUAAAACAAAACUUUACGUCGUCGUCGGAAGAGGAUUUCCUUUUCCGCGACUGGAUCUUGAAGCUCUAUGACGAUAUACCGGAGGAUAUCAGAGAGCAUGUGGAGAAGCAGUACUUACACGACAACACCACAAUUGACAGAGACCAAUUGGACGAGGCGUUCUUGACCAAGCUCAGCUCCCAGUUUAGUCUGAACUUGCACAGGAUCAUUGGCUACCAGUCUGAAUUCAACAGAUUGGUCUCCAAAAUCAUUAGACUUGAGGAUACCUUGAAUGCAACUUCGACUCGAGAAUUGACGUUUAGAGUUGACAGCCACCGCGUGCUUUGGUCUCCGAGAUUCAACUUUAUUUAUUGGUACUACAUAAGACCAUGGGCAAGCAAGUUGGAUGCAAUAGUGCUUGCUUUUUCGUCAUUGGUUAUCCUCCAGUCUGAGUUUUUCCAUUCAACCAAGCUCUCGCUACUUAACUUCUUCAUUUUUUCAACAGGCUUACACAAUCACCCGUUUUUGCAGUUUGUGAUUCUAUCGUUGAUCUUCUCGUACAUGCUUUUCGCUGCGUUGAACUCGCUCACCCAAUUGAAGAUCUUUAACAUGUACCAUUUGUUGCCUAGAAACUCAGACCCCGUGCUGGCUUGCUGGUACGCAAUGUACAUUGCGAGGUUGACCAUUCCCUUGAGUUACAACUUUAUCACCUUGUUUGUUAGUCGAGACUCGAUUUUUGAAACUUGGUAUGGUGAGUCUGUGCAUUUGACUGGACUAUUCAACUUGUUAAACAACUGGAUCCCCAGAUUGAUCCUCGUGCCUGUGUUGUUGGCCAUGUUCCAUGUUUACACCAAACUCAAGAAAAAAUUGGGCUUUGGAGGCGAUUUCGACGCCUGGUUGUUGUUUGAUGAGGAUAACGGUGAGCUGGACGAUGGCGACUUGGGCAAGAGAGUGGAUUUGGUAAUUGUUGAGGCAAAACGGAUCAUUUCCAGAGAAAUGUCGAGACGAGAAAUGCAACUAAGGCCAUUCAAUUUGACAAACAGCUAUACCAACACCAAUGCCAACAAUGCAGGCGCCAAUCCUGCGGACGCCAACUACGAGCGCAACAGAAGACAAUUUGCCGAGUCGAUGCACAAUCGAAUCGACUCUCUGGUAGAAGAGGAACCCAUUUACUACAAUGGCACCUUGAAUGCUGCACAAGAGGGUUUUUGGGGCAGAGUCAGCAACACGGUCAACGGAUUCAUCGGCAGAAGCCGGCCGGGGCAACUGGCGGCGCAAAGACCAUAUAGAGACGAACCAUUGGAUGACUUUAAUUAUGAUGACGACGCCAAUCCGAACGUGGUUCUAUAG